AUGCUCCAAUCGCAGGAAAAUGGCAUGCCCUCAUCGUCAAGAAAUCGCUUCCGCGUUCUGGGUAAGCUUCGACCGAAGCUUCCAGCGAUGCUUCACUUCGACAAGGAGCAGCCGCACAAGAGGAAGCGAAAGAAGCUGGCCGCCUUCUACGACGUCCACGAGCAGCCAAUUAUUAUGCUGUCCUUUCUUUUGAGCCUGCAGCACUACAUGACAGUGCAAGGCUUGGCGGUGCUCCAGCCUAAGGCACUGUCCAAGUUCCUGUGCACGGAGGAGGACAACCCGGCCAUCGGGCUGCUUGUGGGCUCCACCUCCUUCAUCGCGGGCGUCGGCACGCUCGUCCAGACCACCGCUGGAGUCAGGCUUCCCGUAAUCCAAAGCGGUGCCCUCACCAUGUCGUCACCCGCCGUCGCUGAGCUGAAGUACGACAGCGUCCCGUGCCCGGACAACAGCACAUUCGACGACGAGAUCUGGACCUCAAGGAUUCUCGAAGUGCAGGCCAGCACAGCCGUUGGUGCCUUGACUGAGCUCUUCAUGGGUGGGCUGGGCUUCGUGGGGCUGUUCCAUCGCUGGAUCACGCCACUCACCAUGACGCCCGCCAUCGCGCUCAUCGGCCUUUCCAACAUCUCGGCAGCCACCGAGCCCGCGAGCACGAGCUGGACCAUAGCCGCCAUCACCGCGGGGCUCAUCACGCUGUUGUCGCACUACCUGACACCGUGUCGACCAUCUUCGGAAAUCGCGGUCGUGAAGAGGGUGAACGACGGUAUAACGUUCCUCUCCAUCCUACCGAUCUUCGUCACCGUAGCCAUCGUGUGGCUAGUGUGCCACAUUUUGACGGUGAACAACCUUUUCCCGCAAGAUCACGCUGGCCGCACAGACCAGAUGGCCAGCAUCAUAAGAAAUACGACGUGGUUCCGCGUGCCGUACCCAUUCCAAUGGGGCACACCUACGGCUCAAUGGGAAUCCAUGGUGGCCAUGGGAUUCGUGAGCUUCAUCGGUAUGAUGGAGACGGUGUGCGACUACUACGCGUAUGCCGUGGUCGCUGGCCUGCCUCCGCCGCCGCCGCGUGCCCUCAAUCGCGGAAUCUUCAUGGAGGGCGUGGGAUGCCUGUUGGCGGGCUGCUUCGGCUCAGGCAUGCUGUGCGGCUCGCAGGACUUGAACCUCGGCCUCAUCGCCCUCACCAGGUGUGCCAGCCUGCGCGUGGUUCAGGUGGCCGCCGUGAUCAUGAUCGUGUUCGGGCUGAUCACCAAGGAGAGCAUGUUCAUGCUCAGUAUACCGACUCCCAUUGUUGGCGGGAUGCUUCUCGUGCUCCUCUCGACUCUGGCGGGUGUAGGCUUGGCGCACCUGCGUUACGUGGACUUGACCUCAUCGCGGAACGUGUUCAUCGUGGGCGUUUCCCUCGCCAUGGGCCUUGUCAUACCAAUGCACGUCGGACCCGCGAGCGACUUCGUCAUGACCCGCAAGUCAUCUUCCGCUGUAUCUUUGCAAAUGUUCAGAUAG